AUGCAGGGUCUUGCGGAUGGUCCCGUCAAGACUCACCUGUUCCGGCUUGAACUAGAUUCACUAGAACAAGCCAUUUCCAUUGCGGAACAGGAAGACUUCAGUCUGAGACAGGCUCGCGCCAGCUCGACAUCAUAUCGUCAACCGAGACGAUAUGACAACGGAGGUCCAGAGCCGAUGGAACUCUGCUAUGUAGAGAGCGAGAAGGCUCUCUCUACAGGCUACAAGAAGUUGCAGAGAUGCAACAGAUGUCAAAAGACAGGACACUGCGCUUACGAGUGUAGUGCCCCUCGUCCAGUGUCUCGCGACACUGGUCGUAGUGACCGUCCACCCAUGAGAAAGGGGCAGGGACGCGGGUCCGUUGUUGGUGCAAAGACGCAACAACGGGAUGGACCGUCAAAAAACGGUCAGGAUCAGUAG